CACAUUCAACAGCUGGUUCAACGUUAACAGCGGAAAUGUUGGAAGAAAACACAACUUCUGCGGGUGAAGUGGAGCAGCAGGAGGCUGAAGAGGGAUCAAAAGAUCAGCCCUCUGCAGACAUGUGCUACAAGUAUGAGGAACUUCACUCCAGACCGUCCAUCACACCUGACUCUGAAAUCCCAGAGAACCUCCUGCACCUCUCUCACUCCUUCAGCUAUGACAGUGGGCGCAGGGGGAACCUGCAGCUCCUGGAUGACAGAACUCUGAUCUUUAUAGCAGGCAACCUGCUCGUCCUGCUGGACGUUUCCACCAAGGAGCAGAGAUACCUCCGCUCCUGCAGUGGAGGAGGAAUCGGCUCCAUCACGGCACAUCCAAGCAAGGAGUACUUUGUUGUAGCAGAGAAGGGAAACAAGCCCAACAUCAUAGUAUAUGAAUAUCCCUCGCUACGACCGGUCUGCAUCCUCAGAGGCGGUACAGAGCGGGCGUACAGCUUUGUGGAUUUUAAUCCUGACGGGAGCCUGCUGGCCAGCGUGGGGAGCGCACCUGACUACAUGCUGACGCUGUGGGACUGGAGGCAGGAGAAGGUGAUGCUGAGCUGCAAGGCCAUUUCUCAGGAGGUCUACCGAGUCAGCUUCUCCCCAUACAACCCGGGUCUGCUCACAUCAUCAGGAUCUGGACACAUCAAGUUCUGGCAAACAGCCAGCACAUUCACAGGACUUAAGUUGCAAGGACUUAUGGGACAUUUUGGGAAAACUACAGCGACUGAUAUUGAGGGAUACGUGGAACUUCCUGAUGGAAAGGUGGUGUCUGGCUCAGACUGGGGCAACUUGUUGCUGUGGGAUGGGAACGGCAUCAAGGUGGAGAUUUGCCGUAAGGAGGGACGGAACUGCCACGCUGGGAUGGUCCAGCCGUUCGUCCUGGAAGACGGACAGCUGAUGACAUUUGGCUCUGAUGGAGUGGUCCGGGGUUGGGACUUUGAGAGCAUCGACUCUGCCGACAGUAACAGCGACGGCAGCAGGUUUGAGCUGGAGCCCAUGAAUGAGAUGGUGGUUGGGCACAACGUCUGCCUCUCCUCUGUGGUGAGGAGCUCCCUGCCGGACUCCUUCGUCUGUUUUGCUCAGGAUUCCAGCGGAGCCAUCUGGAAACUGGAUCUGUCAUUCACCUACACGACUCCUGAUCCAGAGUGCCUGUUUUCCUUCCACGCCGGGCCGAUCCAGGGCCUGGACGUGUCCACGAAAUCUCACCUGAUGGCAACUACCGCUCUAGACCGUUCAGUCAAAGUUUUUGACUUCCUCGCAAAAAGAGAGCUGACAAGCAGUCGCUUCAAUCAGGGUGGGACUGCUCUCUGCUGGGCUCCACCUUUGGUGAACCAGAGUGGGAGUUUACUGGUGACGGGCUUUGAGGACGGGGUGGUCCGGUUACUGGAGCUGUACGACCCUCAAAGGCUGCAUGUUGUCACCGGGCGCAGCCCCAAAGGAGAUGCCAAGCUGCGCCUCAAACAGGCCUUCAAACCCCAUAAUGCCCAUGUAACUGCUGUUGCAUAUGAGAGAAAUGGAGAGAUCUUAGCCACGGGGAGCUCCGACAGCACUGUGUUCUUCUUCACCGUGGGGGAAAAAUACAACCCCAUCGGCUUUGUCCGCGUUCCUGGGCCGGUGCAGGCGCUGGAGUGGUCACCUCAUUCCCACAGUGAAAACAGGCUGCUCGUCCUGUGUCAGAGCGGUCAUGUGGUAGAGGUGCGAAGUCCUGAUCCACAGGCCCAGAGGCCGACCGAAACCUUCCAGCUGCCUGAACUGCCCAGCAGAUCUUUCAGGUUCAGAAGUAUCAAAUCUCGAAUCAAGAGAGAGGAAGAAAUCGCAAGACGUCAAGCCGUAAAGGAGGAGAAAAAGAAAGAGAGAGAAGAGAGGUUGAAAGAAUCAAAGCAGCUGGACGCAGAGCCAGAGGAAGAAGAAGAGGAGGAAGAGUUGCCCGCUAUCUACAUCCCCGACCCUCCAAGUCCUCUCUACUGUGGCUUCUACUCACAGCCUGGCCAGUUCUGGCUCUCUAUGGGUGGCUUUGACUCAGGUUUCCUGUAUCACUGUAAGUUCUCUGAGAUGCAGGACCAGGAUCCAGACCAUCAGCAGGAUGAGCCCUUUCACUUCCUGCCUGUCCACAGCACAGAUGACGACCCCAUUCGCUCUGUCACCUUCAGCUCCAACAGGCGACUGAUGCUCUGCGGCAUGCACUCGGGCUUCAUCAGGGUUUACCCUCUGCAGCCUGGCGACCACAGCCUCACCUCCAUGCAGGCCUACUGGGCUCUCAGUGUCCACGACAACCAGUAUGGACAUCUGCGGCACAUCCGCUGUAGCCAUGACGACCACUUUGUGCUGACCGCUGGAGAUGACGGCAACAUCUUCUCCUUCAGCAUGCUUUCUCCAGAGGAGCUACAGAAAGGCCUGCAGAAAAAGAGAGCCAGGGUUCCUUCACCCAGGGUUGGUCUUGAGAAUGAGGCAUUAGCCCAGGACAUUGAGAACCCAGCUGCCUACAGCAUAGAGACGGCUAAGCAGAAGCUGGAGAAAGACCGUCUGCGUCGAGAGGCCGGCCUGAAGAUUGCUGCGAAGCACAAGAAGCUGGCCGAGCUCCAGAAGAAGUUUAAACAGCUGCUGAAUGACAACCAGCGUCUGCCGGAGCAUGUUCGCCUGAAACCUGCGGAGCUGCAGCUGGACCGGCGUUUCAGUGAGCAGGCAGAGAGGGUGAAGGCCCAGCGUGUGAGGGAGGUCAGGAGGCAGAUGGGCUGGGAGGAGGAGCGCUGCAGCAUAGCGCUGAGCAAACUGCAAGACUGGUUCAAGGACUCUCUGGAGGCCAGCAUGGUCACUGUGGUUGCCAUCAGCACCAACCAUAGAGUCUCCACUUACCGUCUGCCGGCACUCGCAGAGCCUUCAUCCCGACUCGGAGAUCAGAGGAGACCCAGCUGGCUAGACGGAGCUGCUGGACCAGAACACAGAAAAUCAAGAGCCGAACCUGCAAAAGAUAGCAGCAUAAUAGAAAAGGAGGAGGUGCUGCGCCGCCCAGCGGCUCGUCCAGCAGGAAUAAAGCUGACAAAUCGGCAGGUCGAGAGGCUCCGAAAGGCUGCAGAAAAAGCAGAACAAGCUCGAGCCAAGAUAGAGAAGAGGAAGCAGGAAUGGGUCCAACUUUACGCAGAGAAGCCAAAGGAGGACUGUGAGGAUCCGCAGGAUGUGCAGGCCAUCUGCGAAGCCAAAGAGAACAUCGGUGACUUAAAACUGAAGUCAGACAAAGACUUUACGGUGCCGAAACACCUGAGGAUGAAUGCUGAUAGGAAAAGAGAACAGCUGAAAGGCCUGGAGGAAAAUAUCCGUGAGAAGCAGACUGAGAUGAAUGGACGGAUCGUGGCGUUGCGGGACUCCAAAGUUCGUCUAGUGUCUCAGUUGCAUGCUCAGGCUCAGCAGGUCCAGAAGGUUCAGCAGCGAUUGGCAGCCCAUCUCCACCGUCCUCCACCUGCCCCGCCCGUUAUACUACCAGAGGAAACCCCAGAGAAAAGGCUGCAUUACAGCCACGCCACCCUAAAGCGAUACAGGGUUCUGAGAGAACAGAGGUUUCAGACUAUUGAGCAGGAAGGAGCCACACGUUUGCUGGAGCAGCUGGAGAAAGAGAUGGCAGGAGAGGAGGAGGAAGAGGAGGAGAGAGGAGAGAAAGGGACUCCCAGUCAGUCAGCUUCAUCUGUAACCAGAGAAGAAGAACAGACAGCAGAAGAGGAAGGCGCAGAGCUGAGCGAGCUGGAGGGGGAGCUCCAGAGGGAGGAGGAGGUCAGACUGCUGCACGAGCAGGACUCUCUGCUGGAGCAGAUGGAGAGUUCGGUGUGUCAGUUUGACGCGGAGCUCAUGCUGCUGCGUCACCAGAAGCUGUGUCUCGACUGGCAGCUGAAGACGGCCGACCUCCGUCAGCUGACGCUCUACCAGGAGCUGCUGUUCCUCAAGGAGUUUGAGAGGAGGGAGGAGAGCCUGCAGGAGAACCUCAACCGACGCAUCAAGGAGGAGGGCAGCAUCACGUCUGAGCUGGAGGAGUUUACGGAACAGCUGGCACUGAAACAGGGAGACAUAGCAAAGCUGCAGGAGAGAGAGAAGUCUCUAUAUGCUGCCUUCCAGGCCUCACUGGGCAAAGAAAACAAGUUUGAAGAGAUUCUGACCAAAGUUUUCAAGAAAAAGAUCAAACGUGUAAAAAAGAAGGAGCAGACAGAAAAUGAAGGUCAGAGGAAGUAACACAAGUAGGAAGAGGAGGACAGUGGUGAAGACGAUGACUGGGAUGAUGAUGAUGAUGAUGAUGAUGAUGAUUAUGACAAUGACGCAGAGGAGGGUGGAGCUGCUGUGGACGACAGUGUUUGCCCACCAGGCUGUGAGCCAGAGUUGUUGGAGAACACACUGCAGUUGCGAGAGCGUCGGCUGGACCUGGAGGAACUGCUGGCGGAGGAGAAGAAGAGUGCUGAAGCUCUGAAGAAGGAGUGCGACACCCUCAUCAAGAAGGAGAAGUCGGUGAAGACCAGUCGGAAGGCUGCAGAGGACGACUUGGAGUUGAUCAACAGGGAGAAGCAGCAGAAAAUGAACGAACUGGAUGUGGUGGUUCCUCUCAGACUGCACCAGAUUCAGUUCGUCUUAAACGGCUCAAUGCCGCCAGACCUGAGCCCAGCGUUGGUGCUGAACAUGACGGAGCUGAACAGGCUGCAGGAGCGCAUCCAUCAGUUGCAGGAGGAGAAGAGUGAGCAGAGAGAUCUGUACUGUGAGGCGCGCAAGCAUCACGUCAGGCUCCUCCAUGACCGCAAGGACAUGGACACCAACAUCCAGGUGCUGGAGAAGCAGUGCAACCAGCUGAUGAUGUUGAAGUUUGGGAGGCCGGUGGAUCUGGAGGCUCUCCAGACGUUGUCGGGGAACAGGAGCAUGGAGGAACUCAAGCAGGAGAAAUUCCUCCGAGAAGCUACAUACGCCAAGGAAAUCAAACAGUGGGAUAUGAAGGUAGAAGAGGCACAUCAGGCUCUGAUGGAGGUAACCAGGUGUAACACAGAGCUGCUCCUCUGCAUGACCAACCUCUUGGACCAGAAGAAGGAACUGGAGCAUCAACUCAACGCCAGGCAGAAGAAAAUGGGCAGACAGUUCCAGGAUUACAGGAGACGUUCGGAUCAGGAGGAGAUUCGGAGGCUCCAUGGGCUGGUGAAAACCCAGUCUCAGCAGGCCGAGGCCCUCAGGAGAGAGAUUGGCCUCCUGUCCCGUCAAGGAGGCCACGUCCUGCCCCCAGGCCAGGCCCCGCUGCCCCCGCUCGCCCCCUUCCCCACCCUCAGAGGCCGCACCAACACUGGCGUCCGGACACAUAAAGGAGGCCACGCCCUGCCGCCUGGCCAGGCCAUGCUGCCCCCGCUUAGCCCCUUGUCCACCACACCCACACAAGCAAACAAGGAUCAAGGCAUCUGUCCAAAGUACAAAAGUCACCCAGCAGACAGGGAGAUAAUUAACUGAGGACAGAAGACAC